AUUCUAAUUUAAAACUUAAUGAAACUAUUUGUUUGCUAUUUGUCAAAUGGAAUAUUAUAUAUUUAUGGACAAGAUAUAAUGAAUUGAGUAAUACGGAUCUUAUAGCAUUUGAGAAUUGCCGGCAAGAAAUUUUAUAUACUUUAAUACAACAAAAAAAAAUAACACAAUUUGAAAAUUUAAACUUUAUUAUUGAUAAAAAUCCUUGGUAUAGUUUACAAUUAUAUAAUGCAGAUUAUAUAAUUUCACAACUAAAAUCUGAUAAACUAAUACCACAAGAAACUAUACAAGGUUUUAAAUAUCUUCAAAAUUGCAUAGAAGACUUCUUAUCUGAUAUUGAAAAAAAUUUAUUAAAUUCAGAUAUUCAGAUUGAAGUUUUUAAAAAUGCUAAACUUAAAUCUAAAAUAAUUAUUCGAGCUUCGCCUUCAUAUUAUAAAGCAUCAUAUUAUAGUAAUGUUGCAAUAAAAAUAGAUAAUGAUGAGCAAUAG